AUGACACGUCAAGUGGGAGAAGUCACAAGAAUCGAGGCGAGUGGGUGUGCUCGUCCAGCUAAACGCGUGUAUUGGAAGGAUGCCGAGGACAAGCGGGAGCGCCGCCGAACCCAAAGCAAGUUGAACCAGCGGCGGUACCGCGCGAAGAAGGUCGAGUUGAUGGGGCGCCUGCAAGACGAAGUGGAGAGUCUCAAGGAUGACGUGGCACGGUGGGAAGGGCGAGCGGAGUCGUUGAAGGCAGUCUUGCCUCGGAGCGUGCGCUCGUAUGACCCGGAGCGCAAGGUCGCCAGCGAAUACUUUCGUGUGUUUGGCCAUGGUUUCUGCACGGCCCGGACCGACCCCCUCCACGCGUACCAGCGGGAUUUUCUCCAUAGCAUCAUGGACGACGCCAUGGAGUUCAACAGCCACAAGGGCCUCGACACUUUACUCGACCAGUGGACGUUGUAUGCGUCCGUGUUUUAUUCUGUCACGGCGUCGUGGGCUAGAAGCAGCAUUGCGAUGUGCCACCCGGAAGUCGUGGUCGAAGGCAUGGCGAACUUCCGGCUGCGCAUGAGCCGCUUCACGAUCGAGGUGCUGUUUCCCCACCUGCUCAACAACGAACCGAUCGUGCAAAAACUCGUGGGCCAAGUGCUGGAAUUGCCAAUGCAGUGCCAGUUUACGUUUGAUGUGGAUUCGGCCAAAGUCAAGCGGUUCUGCAUCGAUUCGCCGACCGUCGGCGCCCUCAUGAACCUCCUGCACUCUGCCGAAGACACGGCCGUCGCCAUCGACGGGAUACUCUUGAACGACAACGCCGAAGUCGUUCCCGCAGCGCGAUGGGGGCUUACGUCUCGCGGAGAUGUGUAG